AUGUAAUUUACGCUGACACAUCAGUAGCGACCAGCCGACCGGUACGACGGACUUUGCCCUGAAAAGAGGAAAACAUGUUUUCUAAAAUAAGUAUACAGCUGGCAAGAUCAACGCAGAAAUAUCACAUUCUAAAAACAUGUCGGCCGCACAUUGCACUACAACGCUGUGCAUCCGAAGUUGCAUCUGAAACAGACUCGCCCGUAUACGUUCCGCAGACGGACAGCCGACCUAUCACAAAUGUUCCUUUUGCAAAAGAUUUGUUUCUGGGAAAGUUUGAUAAGAAAUUUCUUCAAUACCCAACACUACCGGAGGAUGAGCUAAAUGAUUUAAACGAAAUGGUUCAACCAAUAGAGAAAUACUUUGAGGAAGGAUUGGAUUCCAAAUCAAUUGAUAUUAAUGCUAAAAUAUCAGAGGAAACACUUCAGGAGAUUAAGGACCUUGGUUUAUUUGGUCAGCAGAUUCCGGAGGAACAUGGUGGACUUGGUCUAAAUGCUACCAAGUUUGCUCGUCUGGCAGAGAUAACAGCUCUGGAUGGAUCCGUGGCCGUUACACUAGCAGCUCAUCAGUCCAUAGGACUAAAGGGUAUACUGAUUGCUGGAAAUGACGAACAGAAGGAGAAAUACCUUCCCAAGCUGGCCACAGGAGAACACGUCGCUGCCUUCUGUCUCACUGAACCCUCCAGUGGAAGUGAUGCAGCAUCAAUUCAAACUAAGGCCACUCUUUCUGAGGAUGGAAAAACGUUUUACCUCAAUGGUGGGAAGAUUUGGAUCUCCAACGGAGGCAUCGCAGAAAUCUUCACUGUGUUUGCCAAAACAGAAGUGGAAAAGGAUGGGGAGAAAGUUGAUAAAGUAACAGCCUUUAUUGUUGAGAGAAGUUUCGGUGGUGUAACCAGCGGCAAGCCGGAAGACAAGCUAGGCAUCCGAGGAUCCAACACGUGUGAGGUGCACUUUGAUAACACACCUGUUCCAGUAGAGAAUGUCCUCGGAGAGGUCGGCCAGGGAUUCAAGGUUGCCAUGAAUAUACUGAACAGUGGACGGUUCAGUAUGGGAAGCUCAGGGGCUGGUAUACUUUAAAAGUUGAUAGGUAUGACAGCAGAACAUGCAAUUAGCAGAAAGCAAUUUGGGAAGCACCUGUCAGAAUUCAAACUUAUAAAGGAAAAAUUUGCCAAGAUGGCUGUAACAACGUAUGCCAUGGAAAGUAUGGCCUACUGGACGGCCGGCAUCAUUGACCAAUAUCAACAACCUGACUGCUCUCUGGAGGCUGCCAUGGUCAAGAUUUUCAGCUCUGAGGGAUGCUGGGUCUGUGUGAACGAGUGCUUACAAAUCCUCGGGGGCCUUGGAUACAUGAAGGAUUAUCCGUAUGAGCGAUAUCUUCGGGAUGGACGAAUUUUGAUGAUAUUUGAGGUAGAAACUCACAAACAUGCUCACGAAUCCAUCUGUAAUGGUGGACAUGAUUCUAAAGAGGGAACCAAAGUUAAAGAUGCAGCUCAAUGUGGGGAUCCAUCCUACACUGAAG